AUGCCGCCGCUCCAGGUCCUGGCGCUGCUGCUCCUCGGAGCUGGAAUCUCCGGGAUUUCGGGAAUUCCCAGGAUUCUGGGGAUUCCAAAAAUUCCGGCGAUUCCAAAAAUCCCGGAGAUUCCAAAAAUCCCGGGAAUUCCGGGGAUUUCGGGGAUUCCGGAGGCGCCGGCCCCGGGAAGGAGCCCCAGGGAGCUCCCGGCCCCGGCCCGGCCCCUUCCCCGCCGCCGGCGCUCGGAUCCGGCGCCGUCCUGGCUGCGCUGGGUCCCGUUCCGGGGCCGGGUCCCGGCGGACGCCGUGUCCAGCCGGAACGGCCGCUCCGGCCGCGCCGAGUUCGUGUGCGCCACGCCGGCCUUGGGCUGCAACGAGCUGAGCAGCGCCGACUUCCAGCUCCUGGUGAACCCCGGCGGCUUCGAGGCGCUCGACUGGGCCGACACCUCCUUCGGCCGCGCGCCCGCUGGCGCCGUCGAGGGCUGCCCGCGCUCCGACCUCUUCGUGGGCCGCAGCCGCGACGGGCUGGGCAAGGCCAGCAAGGAGCAGCAGGCGCUGUUCGUGGCCGUGGACGGGCACGAGGUUUGGUACAAGUGGUACCAGGUGCUGGUGGUGCGCCAGGGCGCGGCCGACGUCUCCAUCGCCGAUGUGGUCUACGACGGCAGCGCGGCGCUGGACAGCUCCCGGCCGGAGGAGCUGGCCGCGGUGCUGGCGCGCAACGCCGAGUGUUGGCCGGUCACCGAAUCGGUCACCCUGGAGGAGGCCACCGAGGUGGAGCACGGCUGGAGCGCCGAGCUGCCGGCGCUGGCGGCGGCGCACGGGGCGCUGCGGGCGGCGCCGCUGGUGCUCACCGAGCCGGCGGGGUGGCACCCGGGCAAUGUCACCACCGUGCCGUGGGCGGGCGGCGCCAGCGCCACCGAGUUCGUGUCGCGGCUGCACCGCGUGCGCCCGGUGAUCCCGGCGCGCUCCGAGUGCGCCGUGGUUCUCCGCGGGCUCCGCCGCGAGCUCCGCGUGCCCUUCGCGGCCCGGCUCACCCGGGAAUUCCUCUCGGGGCCGCCGCACCGCGUGGGCAUCGUUGGCACGGCCUGGAGCCGCGCCGUCACCGGCGUCCGCGCCGGCGUCGAGCGCUGCCGCCCGCUCGCCGAGCUGCCGCCGUGCCCGCCGUAG